AUGGAAGAAAAGGAAGCCCUCUUUCACAAUAGCAUAAACGACCCGUAUGUGGUGAACUACGUAUGGCUUUACGGAGACAAUAUGCGGGCUCAGCCAUGGACGCCCCCGGAAAUAUCCUCCCCACAUUGGGACAACAACAGAGGUGGCAAUGAAAACAUCUACAGUAGGAGCAACAACGGGGAGUAUUUAAUGCGGGAAAUUUCGCAACUUUCACCAUCUUCUAAUAUUUCGAAAACUCCAUCUUCCUCGCCCCAUCUGGAGAAAAGAGAAGAUACACUUUGUUAA